GUUAAAGGAACAUCUUUUCCUCAAAGGCUAACACCCUUAGUUUAUGGACAUGUUAAAGUUCAGCUCUUUAUCACAAGGGCUUGAAAACAACGUGUAUAUCCACUGAAAAGAAUCGAAGAAAUGCGUGACCUGAAGCUCACGGAACGUUUCAAGAGCACCCAAGUUCACGCCCUCAAUUCUUCAGAAAGCACUGGCAGAAAAAAGAAAGGCUCUGGGGGUGCCACCAUUAUCAGAUCAUUGGUUUCAAAGCCCAAAUCCAACAACAGCAACAAAUCAACCUCAGCAGUUGCAAACCUUGUUGUUCCUCGUCUGCUUCCUUCUGCAGACACCCUUGAGCCUUACAUAGAACCUUACCUUAAACCCAUCAACCUCGUAGAGAACCUGGCAGAACUGUAUCACAGGCUAGAGUGCUGCCCGCAAUCCCAGAAAGCAUCACUGUACGUGGAGAAGUACUCAUUAAUUCGUAGCCUCGGAGACCAGAAGCUUCUCCGAAGAUGUCUCAGGACAGCGCGCCAGAACGCCGAGGAUGUGCUCUCCAAGGUAGUGCUUUCAGCAUGGUUGAGGUUCGAGAGGAGGGAGGAUGAGCUUUUGGGUGUAUCUUCAAUGGACUGUGGUGGUGGGUGUGUUCUAGAAUGUCCAAAGGUGAAUUUGGUACAUGGGUUUAGUUCCUGUUCGAUCAAUGAUUGGUGCCAUUGUCUCCAAGAGACAAAACAGGAAACCAGAAGUGAAAGUGUGUGUUUGCCAGAUGAGGAAAAGGAUGUUUCUUUUUGCUUUGGAAAUGAGGAAGUUAAUUGCGUUAGGUGGAGAAUUGGAGCACUAUCUGACCCACUUAAGGCUAUGCUAUAUGGUGGCUUUGCAGAGUCCAAAAUGAGGAAGAUUGAUUUCACCCAAAAUAGGAUAUGCCCAAGGGGUAUGAGGGCAGUGGAAGUGUACAGCAGGGCUAAAAGAUUGGACCUUUUCUGUCCCAUGACUGUUUUGGAGCUUCUUUCCUUUGCCAAUAGGUUCUGUUGUGAGGAGAUGAAAUCUGCUUGUGACGCCCAUUUGGCUUUAACUGUUGGAAAUGUUGAUGAUGCGUUGGUACUUGUUGACUACGGAUUGGAAGAGAGAGCACCCCUUCUUGUAGCUUCCUGCUUACAAGUGUUGCUUAGGGAGCUGCCAAAUUCUUUGUAUAAUUCAAAGGUGAUAAAAAUCUUGUGUAGUUCUGAGGCAAAGGAAAGAUUGGCCGUGGUGGGGUACGAUUCUUUCUUACUGUAUUAUUUCCUGAGCCAAGUGGCUACGGAGGAAAGCAUGGUAUCUAAAACUACAAUGAUGUUACUGGAAAUAUUAGAGGAGUGUGCUGCUGAAAGAUGGCAGAAGGCCCUUGCAUUCCAUCAAUUGGGAUGUGUGCUGCUUGAAAGGAAAGAAUAUAAAUAUGCCGAGCAUUGUUUUGCGGCAGCAGCUGAAGCAGGUCAUGUGUAUUCUAUGGCUGGUGUAGCCAGAACCAAGCACAAGCAGGGUCAACCAUAUUCAGCCUAUAAAUUAAUUAGUUCUCUCAUAUUUGAGCACAAACCUGCUGGGUGGAUGUAUCAGGAGCGUGCUUUGUACAAUAUGGGAAGGGAAAAAAGCUUUGAUUUGGAUGUUGCGACUGAAUUGGAUCCCUCCCUUUCAUUUCCAUAUAAAUAUAGAGCCUUGACAAAGGCAGAGGAAAAUCAGAUAAAGGCUGGAAUUAUAGAACUUCAUAAAAUUAUUGGAUUUAAGCUUUCCCCGGAUUGCCUAGAAUUGCGGGCUAGGUUGUUUCUUGCACUUCAGGAUUAUGACAAUGCCAUGAGAGAUAUUAGGGCAUUGUUAACUUUAGAACCAAAUUAUAUAACAUCACAUGGGAAUAUCACAGGGAAAUACUUGGUUCACCUCCUUAGCCGAGAGGUACAGCAAAAGAGUCAGGCUGAAUGCUGGAUGCAAUUAUAUGAACAAUGGUCUUCUGUAGAUGAUGUUGGUUCUUUGGCUAUUAUACAUCAGAUGCUGGAGAAUGAGCCUGGUAAGAGCCUUCUGGAGUUUCGUCAGUCUCUACUCCUUUUGAGGUUAAACUGUCAAAAGGCUGCAAUGCGCAGUUUGAGGAUGGCCAGAAACCAUUCUAGCUCAAUGCAAGAAAGGUUAAUUUAUGAAGGAUGGAUUCUCUAUGAUUCUGGCUAUCGGGAUGAAGCUCUGGCUAGGGCUGAUAGGUCCAUUACAAUUCAGAGAUCAUUUGAAGCCUUUUUCCUAAAAGCAUAUGUGUUGGCAGAUACAAGUCUGGAUUCUGAAUCCUCUUCUUACGUUAUCCAGCUUCUGGAAGCAGCACUUAAAUGUCCUUCAGAUGGUCUUCGCAAAGGACAAGCACUAAAUAACUUAGGGAGUAUUUAUGUGGAUUGUGGUAAGCUUGAUCUUGCAAAAGCAUGCUACAAGAAUGCUCUUGCAAUUAGGCACACAAGAGCUCAUCAAGGUCUAGCACGAGUUUAUCAUCAGAAAAAUCAACGAAAAGCUGCAUAUGAUGAGAUGACCAAGCUAAUUGAGAAGGCAGAGAGCAAUGCCUCAGCAUACGAGAAACGGUCAGAAUACUGUGACCGUGACAUGGCAAAGGUUGAUCUUGAUGUAGCAACCCAACUGGAUCCUUUAAGGACAUAUCCAUAUAGAUACAGGGCAGCAGUGAUGAUGGAUGAACAUAAGGAAACUGAAGCUGUAGAAGAACUCACCAAGGCCAUAAAUUUCAAACCUGACCUGCAACUGCUGCAUCUGCGAGCAGCAUUUUAUGAGUCAAUAGGGGACCUAUCCUCUGCUUUUCAAGAUUGUCAGGCUGCUCUAUGCUUAGACCCUAACCAUACAGACACACUUGAUCUGUAUCAAAGGACUCAAAAACUGAGCUUUUAAUCUUAAAACAAUAAAUCAGAAGGGUAAAAUGUGGAGAUAUCUUGGUUAGAAAAAUUUUGGGGCAUCCCAAUUGGCUGGCAGUUUCUCUCAAGUCUCAACCAUCUUUAGAGAUAUCCUUUGUUAUGAUACAAGGGAAGGGCAUAGAGUGUGGCAGCAGUUAAUACCAAAAACCAAGAGGCAAUACUUGGAUGAUUAGAGAAAAUGGUGGACACAGAAGAUCGAGUCAUGUGUUUCGCAUGAUCGAAUAGGAGGAUAAUU